CCUAGCAUAUUGGCUGGUCCGUAUAAUAAGUCUUAGGGGUCCUCAGGACUGAAACGUCCUGAGAGAGAGAGAGAGCGAGGGACAGAUCGAUGUUAAUAGCUGCUGCUGGUUGAGUUCGUUGCUUUGUUGUAUCAGUUUUUGUCUUUCUAUCUAUCUAUGAAUCUAAUCUAGAUCUAAUCUUCGAUCUGUCGUCUAUUUUCACCAUGUUAUCAUCACUAAUAUCCUCGUCGGCUCUGCUUUCCUCGCUCCUCUUCUCCCAAGAUACAUCAGCCGAGCUCCUCCAAAGCGUAUCCCGCGCCCAAAAAGCCUUCAACACGCUCCAAACCUUCUACAAUUCCUCCAACGGCAUCUGGAACACCUGCGGCUGGUGGAACGGCGCCAAUUGCAUGACGGUGAUCGCCGACCUGGCCGCAUUAGACGUCUCCGUGCUCGCAGACGCAACCGAGGUCUUCAAUAACACAUACGUCGUCGCGCCAGGGGUGAAUCCCAACCCGGGCGUGGAGAAAGUCUCCAGUGCCAACGGCGUGCCGGAGACGGUGUACAGUUCCAUUUGGCCUUUGGCGCCAUUGCCGGAUCUUUUUGCCAAGCCAGGCACUGUCAAUGCUUCGCUCUGGCUGGACGGCGCCUAUGAUGAUGAUGGCUGGUGGGCGUUGGCGUGGAUCGCCGCGUACGAUGUCACUUUCAAUGAGGAUUAUUUGCGUCUGGCGGAGGGGAUUUUCGAUGGCAUGACCAAAGGCUGGCCAACAAACUGCAACAAUGGCGGUAUCUGGUGGUCCUCAGCGAAAACAUACGUAGCCGCCAUUGCGAACGAGCUCUUCCUUUCUGUCGCAGCGCAUCUGGCCAACCGCGCCGAUAACAGCGACUAUUAUCUCGACUGGGCGAAGAAGGAAUGGGAAUGGUUCGCUGCCAGCGGGAUGAUUAACUCGGCCAACACCAUCAACGAUGGUCUCACGACGGAUUGUAAGAAUAAUAAUGCAACUGUCUGGAGCUACAACCAAGGCGUCAUCCUCGGCGGUCUAGUCGAAUUAAACAAAGCCUCUCCAUCCUCGACCUACCUCUCGCACGCAAGCAACAUCGCCCACGCCGCCAUCACCGCCCUCACAGACUCGAACCAUAUCCUCCACGACCCAUGCGAACCGAACUGCGAGCCCGACGCAACUCAAUUCAAGGGCAUCUUCAUGCGGAACCUGCAGCUUCUGCACGAAGUCGCGCCCUCAGAUGCUUAUGUUCAGGUCAUUCAGGCCUCUGCGAAUAGUAUUUGGAAUAACGAUCGGAAUGACUCGACGAAUCUUCUUGGUGUUGACUGGGCGGGUCCGUUUAAUGUGGCGCCGGCGGAUGCGUCGACGCAUAGUUCGGCGAUGGACGCGUUGGUUGCGGCGAUUGCGGCGAAUUAGUAGAAAGAAAGGUAUAGUUAUGGUGAGUAUGAAGAGGAUGAGUAGGUAUAUAACUUUGGGGGUUUUGCAGGAUGGGUGAAUUGGGUUGUUAUGAUUGAAUUACUUCCCAAUUUUUGAGGGAAAGAAUGACAGCUGGAUUUGCUGUGGUUGCUGCUUAUUAUUAUUAUUAUGAUUGUUUGGGUUCAUGUAUAUAUCACUAGCAUUAUACCAAUUCUUAAUGGCUGUAAUGAGUACAAUUGGAUAUUUGGAAAACGUUAACUUUUCCGAAGAAUGAAAUUGGUAUUAGAGAAGCAGGUUGCAACGAGUAUUGUGUUGUUAGUUCCAAAGAACAAGAAAAGAAAGAAAGCCAUUGAGAUCAUUUGAUAAGAUAUUCGCGUGUUUAUUAUUCGUACAUCGAUAGUGCUUGUCAAUCUUAGCAG